GAGGUCAUUCAUCUGGGCGAGAGCGCUCUCGUCCCCGAAUUAACCGUCACAAACAACAGUCCCAUUGAGUCGGACAUCUUUAUGCCAAAUGCGAACCCGAAUUUGUGGGCUCUUUUUCCAUUGUUAGGAAUUUUGUCUUUUCACUCUUUCCAAGGACAAUUGUGUCCUUUAUUUUCCUUUCUCUCUCUGUCACUGUCACUGUCUCCGUCUCCGUCUCUGUUUCGGUUACGUUAAUUCGCUGCUUCGAGUCUGUAGAUUGCAAAGGAAGCAGGCUCAUGUUGUUACCCAAAAAGAACGCCGUUGUCGACGACGACGAAUUCAAGUCGGGCAGUCGUCAUGUCCAAGCACCAACAUUCUGCGUUGAUUACCUUUCUUACAAUUUUGACGAAAUGGAUUUAGCGGCAUCGUGGCGAGCUUUAACAAGGCAAAAGAACGAUAUCGCCAACGGUAUUCGCCUUGAAAACGCAUCCUGGCGCACGUGGGCCAAACAGAAAAAUCAGCUGAAGACCAUCAGUCCAGAGACUCUGAACUGGUUAAAAGACAGCGAUGUCACCUGGUUGUAUGGGCCAUUGCAUACGGUCAUUAAAGAGGACCGGUAUUCGAGACCCAAGGUAGCGACCACCGAGGAUACCUUGGGGUUAAUGACAAAUAGUCAACGAACCGAGAAGCGACAAGACAAGGUGGAACCGUCUGUGGAACAAACAAACACAUCUGAAAAUGCACAAUCGAACUUUCAUCGAACACCACUGAAAUCGGCACUAAAGAGAGUGACGCUUUCGGAUAUUCUCAGACGAUCGGCAUCGGAGCUUCAAGUCAGUAAACUCGGCGACAAUAUGGCCGGUCCUGCAUCGGAUCGAUACAAUUCACUUUUCAACGACCCGAAUACACUUACCGAAGCGAAUAAGCAAUUGGGGGCUUUUUCGCCUUCCGUCAUUGCCACCCAUCGUCAACCCAAACUGCGGUUCAACCAGUAUGUGGAACAGCGAGUCACCCUCAAUCACGGUGACGACAGAAGACGAACCUCUGCACGAUUGCGAUACAAUAUGCAGCCGAAUCUGUAUGAGGAGGACACAAGCAGCGAUUCAGACGAGGAAGAGAACGAUGGAAAAUCGCUGGUCAUCCAGUCGUCGAUGAAGAAAAUUGCUCCUGCGCGAUUGAAGAGUAGUUCGCAUUCUGAACACGAGACAGACCCAGAGGAUGACGUUUCGAUGAUGUCUACGCCCAAAGGCAAAUCUUCACGAAGAAGAACAUCGCUCUCCGGGCACGUUUUGCGGGCCGAAGCGCAACGUCGUCGUGAUUCAAAAUCGUCGUGGGAGGAUGGUGAUCAAGACAGUUCAUCGGACGAAGAGGACGAAAUGAUACCGUCGUCAGCCGCCCCCUGGCCUUCGGGUACAGCGAUUCAAUGGGAAGGGCAAGCUUGCAUAUAUGACACAGUGCCACCGAUCCGCCCCGAAGAUUUUAAUCAGCAUAACAGUCAGGAAGAGGAUGAUAGAUGGAGCGUCUACAGUGGACAGCCAUCCGGAAUCUAUACUCAAACAAACGCCGUUACCACUCCUCCAUCUCCAAUAAACCAUGCCAACGUGUCCACGGAUCCCUCCAGCCCAACGUCUUACUUUGACACUUUAUCUCGCCCAUCCCCUCGUAGCGCGAGAUCCUCAUCCUCCUCUGGUCUUCCGUCUCCUCAUUCUCCUCGUUCUCCUGGACACCCAGUAAAUGCGAAAUGCGAAGCUACGAGUCAGCGAUUUCCCAUCGAUGCUGAUGCUCCCUCCCUUACUCAAACGUCCAGUUAUCACAGUGUUUCAGAGAUGCAACGCGUGGGCCACCAACGCCACCAUGGGCUGCUUAAUCAAAUGAAAAACUGGGUAUCCUCACUUUGGUGGUCGGAUUCACGUUAACAUCUCACUGUACUAUACUGUAUAUCUUCUGAUUUUUCUUCUUGUAGUUUCCAUUGUAUGAUUUUUCGCCAGAUCUUUAAUAUUU